GCUCGCCGCCCCUGAGCUUGCUAUCACCUGAAGGCGAACUCUCGUAUGAGGCGGAGAGCCUCAGCCCGGAAGUUGCGAGCCGAGCCUUUCGAGGCUGGGAGGUGUCUGUGGCGGCGCCCAUCGCCAGCCCAGGGCAGAGAAGGAGGAAGCCCAACGCGCAUUGGCCCCGAACCCCGGAGCUCGGAGGUGGCUUUGCUUCACGAUCUCAGCCGUUCCUGUUGUCCCCAAGUGACACUCUGGUGAGUCAGCCUGAAGAAGUGAGAAGCAAGCCGUCAGCGGAACCUCGGCAAAGCAAAGCCAGCGAAAGCGGCCAACGGGCAGUGACCAGCAGGCAAGAGAGGCCGACGCAGAGGCUCUGAGACCGAGCCAGCUG